CUCCGACCAGCGAUGCUGUGCUGUCUCCGGAAAUAGAGUACGUCCGACGUCUUACAUGCAGUGCCGCGACAUACCCGCGCCGUGUCUGAUUAAUAUCGCCGUUAAAUCGCGGCUAAUUAUAGCAUAGGCCGUUCGGGUGCGCGAGUGUGAGUGCAAAUGACUGGUAGCCCGGUAAAGGGCUGAACUUGAACAAAAUGUGGACCACGAGGUUACGGUUAUGGAGGUUUAUGUUGUGCAUACUGUUGGCGACGUCGACGCUGGCGCUGGUGGUGCGAGGUGAAGAGGACGUUCCUUCAGAGUCACAAUGCCGUCCAUACAUCGAAAAAGCUCUCAAGGAGCUCGAAUCGGGAGACUCGGAACCAGAUUCCGCUGAAAAAAACGACAGUAGUGAAGUAAGUGUAAAUGACGAUACGAAAGAAGUAAGUUCAGCUGAAGACGGCGGGCAAACAACAGAGGCGGGGGAUAGUAAGGAGGAUGACGCACCGUCAGUGGAAGUAGCAGACGAGCCUUAUGUGUCUAAGGCAUCUGUGGAGGAUGUUGAAGGCGCUGACGACGACGACUCGAAAGAAGAUGCGACGGUAGAGGAUGCCGACGGUGACAGCGCCGAGCAGCAAGCCGAUAGUAAACAGGAUGACGACGACAAGGAAGACGGUGACAGCAAGGAAGACGAUGACAACAAGGACGAUGGCGACAGCAAGGAAGACAGUCAAGACAGUAAAGAAGAAGGAGACAGCAAGGAAGAAGCAUCUGCUGAUGAACAAGCUGGCGAAGAAGAGAGUGGCGAAGAGAAAGAAGGAGAAUCUGGAACUACUGCUGAGGAUGAAGCAUCAACUGAAGGUGAUGAUGAUAGCAAGCAAGAUGAGCAGGCUGACGACGACGGAGAUGACGAUAGUAAAGAAGCGGAAUCCGCCGGAGAUGAUGAUGACAAGUCGCAAGAAGACGCCGCUGAUCAGAGCAAAGAAGAUGAUGAUGAUGAUAAGACGGAUGAUGACGAUGGAUCUCAAGAAAAGGCUGAAUCAACUGAAGAUACUGAGAAAGAUGACUCUAAAGAAGAUAAAGACGACACCAAAGAAGAAGAAGAUGCGGCCGAUAAGUCUGGGGAAGACAAGGAUGAUACAGAAGAAGCAGAAUCUGCUGAAGACUCUGCUGACGGAGGGGUAGAGGAACAGUCGGCGGAGGCUGAUGAGGCAAGUGAAGAAAAAGAAGCAAGUAAGGCUGACACUGACGAAGAAAAAUCGGAUGAAACUGCUGCUGAGGACACUGAGGAGCAAGCUGACCAGCCGGAAACUGAAGAGGAUGCAGAUUCUGGAGAGGAAGCUUCUACAGAGGAGGAAGACGAAGAAGGAGCACCUGAGGAAGAUUUACUACUUACUGGAGAAAUUCCCGAAAAUUUAAGAUCUCGCGACCACAUCAACCAAAUUCUUCGAUUGGACGAAGAAGCGAGUGAAGCAGAAAUUCUUAUUGAGAGGUCCGCUGACAUUGUCCUCAGGGAUUUGAAAAAACUGUAUGAAAACUCUAUUAAACCACUGGAAGCUCUUUACAAGUAUAGAGACUUGAGCAACAGGCAUUUUGGUGAUCCUGAAAUUUUCUCGAAACCUUUAGUAUUGUUUAUGGGCCCGUGGAGCGGUGGAAAAUCUAGCAUUGUGAACUAUCUAACGGGGCUUGAAUUUACUGAAUGGUCUCUACGAACAGGUGCGGAGCCAUCGCCAGCUUACUUCAAUAUUCUGAUGCACGGCAAAAACCCUGAGGUGCUAGACGGUACUCAGCUGGCAGCUGAUUGGACUUUCUCAGGGCUGCAGAAGUUUGGACAGGGAUUGGAAGAACGUCUGAGAGGUCUGAAACAUCCCAGCAAAAUUUUGGAAAAGGUGAACAUUGUGGAGAUUCCUGGAAUUCUGGAAGUGAGGAAGCAAGUGUCCCGCGUGUUUCCCUUCAACGACGCCUGCCAAUGGUUCAUUGAUCGCGCCGAUAUUAUCUUCUUGGUAUACGAUCCUUCUAAACUCGAUGUCGGCCCCGAGACCGAAGCCAUUCUUGAUCAAUUGAAGGGCAGAGAAUCUCAGACUCGCAUCGUGUUAAACAAGGCGGACACUGUGAAACCAGAGGAGUUGAUGCGCGUGCAGAGUGCGUUGAUAUGGAACAUCUCUCCACUGAUGAGCUCCGCGCAGCCGCCAGUUAUGUACACGGUGUCAUUAUGGUCGAUGCCGUACGAGCCGGGCGCGCCAGUGCGGCUACUGCAAGCCCAGGAGCGAGAGCUGCUGCGCGACCUGCGCCAAGCCAUCGACAAGCGCAUUGAGAACAAGAUAGCUAGCGCUAGGAGAUUUGCAGUUCGUGUCAGGAAUCACGCGAAAAUGGUGGACUGUUACCUGACCACCUAUUAUAAUCACAAGACGAUCUUCGGCAACAGAAAACUUAUUUCCGACGCUAUCAUCGAGAACCCUCAGAAUUACCACAUCUACGAGGGGCUCAGCACUCUCACUAACAUUUCCAGGUAUGAUUUGCCCGAUCCCGAGACAUACCGGGAUUUCUUCCGGCUGAAUCCGCUGUAUGAGUUCCAGCAGCUCUCGGCCACUUGCACGUACUUCCGAGGGUGCCCCAUCACGCGGCUCGACGUGGCCAUCGCUUAUGACCUGCCCGAGCUCGUCGGCAAGUAUAAGAAGAUGGUCGAGACCGCCACGCCCCAGGGCAUGCCCAAGAGUUGAUGCCGUCCCGAACGAACGAACCCCGCGCCACAUUUAACACCCGCUUUUUCAUUUUAGCCAAUUGAAUUGGUCACUAUUAUUUUGGGCACAUUUUGCAUUUCUUUGUAAUCGGGCGUCGAAACUUUGUUUUGUAUUUUUUGUUAUAUCGCAUUUCUGUAUUUAUUUUUUAAAUAUUAUUUUGCUUAAAUAUUCGCUUAUUCCUGUUUUAAGGUGAAUGAUGUGUCGAAUGAUAAUUUAUUGUGAUUUUUUUCGUGCGUUUAUUAGAGAAGUUAGAACGGUAAUACGCAAGACAACUUCCAAUUUCCUAAUUAACACUGUCUUUUUAUACACGUCUCAAACAACUUAAAUUAAUCUAGUCAUUAUGUUAAAGUUUGUUAAUGAAAGUGUUGAUAUUUAUUUAUUUAAUGAGGUGAGUUCCUACAAUACUAGGACUAAUCCCAUAUUGUGCGGUCUCUGCCUUAUUUCUUUGUUAGAUAUUAUAAUGAGACACAAUGUGACUAUUUAAGUAAAAAUAAAUUAUAAAAGUA